AUAUCUAGUUCAAUAAGAUUUUGAACGUUUAACGAACGGAUUAAUGCAGUGAAGAUGGAACGAUUACUUUGCUCUCUAUUGUUAAUAAGUUGUUUUGCUUAUACCACUGUACACUGUGAAUCAACGUUGCUUUUCAAACCGAAAACAAAAUGUCACUGGUACGGUAACGUCUACACACUUAACCAAACAAAUAUCCCACAUCCAAUCAAUCCGUGCAAAGAAUGCAAAUGCUGCGAAACAGGUAAAGUUAAGUGCAUGAGAAGGGACUGUGCUCCAUAUAACGAACAGCCGCCUCCUUGUGGUGAAGAAUUCCGUAAGGUAAUCGAUGAAGAUGGUUGCUGUGAGACAUGUAAUGACCAGUGCAAACAUUAUAAAACCGAAGAAAAUUGUCCGCCACCUUGCGAAGGACCCCUGUAUUACCCGCCCGGGACAUCAAGAGACUCAUGUUGCGGGGUAUGUGGCGCUUGCCCAUUUCGGGGACACGUGGUACCUGAAGGGAAUAUCACUGAUGAUCACCUUGCACACCCAUGCGAAGGGUGUGUGUGUGCCGGGGGCCUAGCUAGUUGUGAAAACCGAGCCACAUGUCCCUCUGAGCGUCUUAAGUGUGUUCGACCAGUGAUAGGGGAAAACUGUGAAUGGACAUGCCCAACAGGACCUACAUGUUUCAAAGGAAACGAUGAAAUACGUGCAGGCGAAAUAAGAUCAUUUGGAAACAAGUUUUGCUUUUGUAUGACAGAUCCUAUUUAUUGGCCUUUGGCAGUCUGUGGGAACAAAAACCAUGAAGGGAAUUUCGAACGUAUGCUACAAAAACAAAUGUGUGUGAAAAAACCUGAAAACCCUGUGUUGUGGAAUGACGAUGAUUAGACUUUAAUAUUACAUCUUAAAACGUGUCGGAUAAACAGUUUAUAUACAUAUAUUUGUAUAUAGCAUAUCUAUUCCGUAAUUUGCAAUUAGACUAAUAAAAUAGUACAAGUAAAAUA